ACAUUCUCUAAUUUCUCUGUCUGGCACGCGCCCUGUCUCUCUAAUUUCUCUAUCCGGCACGCUCUCUCUCUCUCUCUCUCUCUCUGCGAUCUGCUCCAAGCAGCUCCUCCAACAUGCUGGCACGCUUAGCCGCGAAUCGCUUCAACGAGAUCCGUCACAUUUUCCGUCAGCCUUCGAGGGCUUUCUCAACCGCUCUGAACUACCACCUUGACUCACCGGACAACAACCCUAACCUUCCAUGGGAAUUCACCGAACCCAACAAAGCAAAGGUUACGGAGAUUUUAUCUCACUAUCCUUCCAACUAUAAGCAAUCUGCAGUGAUUCCUCUUUUGGAUCUUGCUCAGCAGCAGCAUGGCGGUUGGCUCCCUGUUUCUGCAAUGAAUGCGGUAGCAAAUAUUAUAGAGGUUCCUCCUAUACGGGUCUAUGAGGUUGCUACAUUUUACUCCAUGUUCAAUCGAGCCAAGGUUGGGAAGUACCAUCUGUUGGUUUGUGGAACGACACCUUGUAUGAUACGCGGUUCGCGAGGAAUUGAAGAAGCCUUAUUGAAACACUUGGGAGUGAAGCGCAAUGAAGUAACACCAGACGGUUUGUUUUCUGUUGGAGAAAUGGAAUGCAUGGGAUGCUGUGUGAAUGCUCCUAUGAUUACAGUGGCCGAUUAUUCAAAUGGAUCAGAGGGAUACACAUAUAAUUACUAUGAAGAUGUAACCCCAGAGAAAGUAGUUGAGAUAGUAGAAAAGCUGAGAAAGGGUGAGAAGCCACCGCACGGCACGCAAAAUCCCCUACGGAUUAGGAGUGGACCUGAAGGAGGGAAUACUACUUUGUUAGGUGAGCCCAAGCCUCCUCCCUGCCGUGACCUGGAUGCCUGCUGAAGUGUGAUACGUUUUGCCUUCAAUAAUGUAUGGCUUGCACGUUUUCGAGCUUGCCUUAAAUGAAACAUUGUCAGAUUGUUAGAUGCUCAACCAAUUUUUGUAUUAGCAACCUGCCUGGAUGGCUUACGCUAAAAAAAGUGUCAUAAACGCCAUCAGAUUCUUGAUUGUUUAUUACUUUCCGAGCGUAUCUAUGCUAUGCUUUUUCUGUACUCUGUACAUUAAUCAUCAUGAAUGAAAUUUGAGAUUCCGAUGUUAAGAAGUGAAUCUCGUUAGGA